AGGAAACCCCGCAUGAACUUGCGCACUUGCUAGUGUUAUGAUGGUAGACGAUAUUAAAAUUGUAUCGAUUUUCUUAUGUAUCAUCGGAAUUUGGAAGUAACAUGUAACAAUACAUACAAAGACUACAGUGAUCUUAAUGAGUUGAUGAAAAUAGUAUACACUUAAGUUGAAAAAUGACCAAAGAUCGUCUUGCGGCUUUAAAAGCGGCACAGAGUGAUGAUGAUGACGCAGACGAUGUGGCUGUCAAUGUUGACAGUGGAGGUUUCAUGGAGAUGUUCUUUGAACAGGUUGAGGAGAUCCGGGGGAUGAUAGAUAAAAUAUCAGCUAAUGUGGAAGAUGUGAAGAAAAAACAUAGUAUGAUAUUAAUGGCACCACAAAAUGAUGAUAAAAUGAAAGAAGAAUUAGAAGAAUUAAUGUCAGAUAUAAAGAAAACAGCAAAUAAAGUCAGGGGUAAAUUAAAAGUGAUAGAACAAAAUAUAGAACAAGAAGAACAUUCCAAUAAAUCAUCGGCAGAUUUACGAAUACGUAAAACACAGCAUGCAACUUUGUCUCGAAAAUUUGUAGAAGUUAUGAAUGAUUAUAAUUCAUGUCAAAUAGACUAUAGAGAAAGAUGUAAAGGCAGAAUAAUACGACAGUUAGAAAUAACUGGUCGAACAACAACAGAUGAACAGUUAGAAGAUAUGUUGGAAUCAGGAAAUCCUAAAAUAUUUACGCAAGAUAUCAUAAUGGAAACACAGCAAGCUAAACAAACACUUGCAGAUAUUGAAGCUAGACACAACGAUAUUAUAAAAUUAGAAAAUAGUAUACGUGAAUUACAUGACAUGUUUAUGGAUAUGGCUAUGUUAGUAGAACAACAGGGUGAAAUGAUAGAUCGUAUAGAAUAUAAUGUUGAACAAGCAGUUGAUUAUAUAGAAACAGCCAAAAUGGACACUAAAAAAGCUGUAAAAUACCAAAGUAAAGCACGGCGGAAAAUGAUAAUGAUUAUAAUAUGUGUGAUAGUAUUGUUGGCUGUUAUAGCACUUAUAAUUGGUUUAAGCGUUGGAAUUUAGUGAACUAUUACUAUUAUGAUGUUAAGUCUCACUUUUGCUCAAACUUCAGACCAACUGUUUUCUAUCAUCUUAUGACAGGUUCACCUAAUAUUGUUUACCAUUUUCCGAAAUAUAUUUAAAGUUAUACUUUGAUAAAAGAACAUCAGCUGAUCAAAUGUUUAUUUUAAAUUUAGUUUUUGUAAUUACUUUAUUCAUAGAGUACCAGUUGCUGAUUUUAAAAGCUGUUUCAGAAUCUGAUGCAUUCUGGGUAAUAUUUUCAAAACCAUACACUUAAAUGCUUUGAU